AUGGGCGAGGCAAGCGCGGCGGUGGAUCGCAUGUGCGCGAGCAUUCAGCGCGCGCUUAGGGGCGUACCGCUGAGCGUGGAGUGGAUGACCGAAUGUGUGUCCCACCUGCAAGCGCUCGAUCCAACGCUCAAGGAGGACGACAAGGAGCUGUACAAUGCUGUAUAUACGCAGCUGCUUGUGUCCGACUUGCACGAUUCCAUGAAGCACGGGACGCUUACAGAGCAGGGCACUCUUCCGCCCACAGCUCUUGUCCAGCUCGUGGAAAUGAGCGAUGUGGGCGUAUCAGCGCAGUCGAUGCUCGAUGCAAUACAUGCGCGACGUGCCGAAUCCGAGCCGCGGCCGCUUUUGCGCGGUAUGCUGCGCCUCAAACUGAGCGACGGUUUCUGCAGGAAUCCGCUUGUUGCUUACGAGCAUAUGCGGAUUCCUGCGUUGGCCAUGCUGGAUACCCCACUUGGCACCAAGCUCCUGCUGAAGCAGCCGCCGAUGGAGCAAGGCGUGCUUUUGCUGAGUGCUGCGUCGGUUGAUGUACUGGGCGGUGCGCUUGUUGACCUUGCGAAGGAUUGUGACGAUGUGGCACUGGAGCGCGCACUCCAGGCGCAAUUAGGCCGCGUGCCGUCCGCGCAUGUGCAAGAGCCUGUGCUCGAAGCGACAUCCAGCACGCUUGUGCACCGUGUGACGCCGCCACUUGCGCAUGAACCAAGCUCCGAUGUAUGGGACGUUGAGGCUGAGCAGGCGCUGAUGGAAGCUGAGCUUGCGGCUUCCAUACCCCCCUCCAAUUCCACGCACGCCAAAUCCCCAGUGCCCUCCACACAGAGCCAACAGUCUGCGCUGCUGCGCGAGCUGCACGAAACGCCCGUGCUCCCCCACUCACAAUGCUCGAGCCCUGCCUCUUCUACGCUCCUGCGCGAGCAUCGCGAGCUCAAAAUACCUUCUAAACGACCCCCUCCUGAUACCAUUGUCGUCUCCUCCGACACCGACACCGACACCGACACCGACACCGACACGCCCCAUUGUAUUUCCGACGCGUCUUCCUAG